AUGAGGGAUGCAGCGGGACGGCGGUUGCGGACGGCGACAACAAAUACAAUGCCAGCACCUAAACCUGCGCCGACGAAAUCGGCAACCACAAAGCCGGCAGUGGGUACUGAGGACCAAACUAAAGGAAAGGACACAGAAUCGGAGAACACACCCUCAGAAUCGAAACCAGCAGAGUCACCAACACGAUCAGAUCCCUCGGCAGGGGACGGCCUCCCCGCUGCGGGACUACCGGCCGCAGCAGGAUCAGGAGCAGGCAGGCAAGGACCGGGUCAGGGACCAGGACCGGGACAACAACCCCCCCCACCUCCACCACCACCACAGGACGGAUCAGCGACAGGGGGAGAUGGAACAGAGAACAAGACGCAAGCACCGGCAUCUCCAGUAUUACCAGCAAGACCACCAUCACAACCCCCUGUAUCACCACCGGACUCAUCAGCUGCCGCAGCGGCAGGUGGGCAACAACCAGGUCAGGGACCUGGACCUGGACAACAACCCCCACCUCCACCACCACCACAGGGGACGGAAGGAGAAUCAGCACUAGGAGGAAAAAAGGAGGACGUAGAAACAGUAGCCCAGGCACCACCGCAGGGUGACGCCAAAACUGAUGACGCUAAUACUCCAGCAGGUAAGACGACUGAACCACAGUGUGGAGUUACCACGCAGACUCAAGAAUCUUCAGGUGUUGAUAACCGCGGUAAUGCUCAUUCUGUGGCGGUGACCUUCCACAUCACUCCAACUGCGCCCGAAUGUUCAGGAUCUGGCACUUCAGGUAAGGAUACUCAAAACGACAACUCCAGUAAGGAUGGAACGCAUGUAAAAUCAGUAGAUUCCGCGGCAGCAUCAACAGGGACUACAUCAAAGGUGUCAGAGCAACAACCCGAACCACCAGCAGAACAACUACCAGCAGCGGACCCAGAUCUUCACACAUCUUCCUCAACAGACGGUAAGCAGCACCCUCAGAAGCCCUUAGAUGAUAGUACACCUCCAGGACAAAAUUCUGUCCUCGAUGGCGGUAACGAUGACCCCCCUCCUCUCAAUCCACCCAAACCCAAACCGAAUCCAAAUCCGGACGACGAGGGGUCCCGAAGCGGCGCCUCGGAUGACGGGAAAACUCACAGUGACCCCCGUGGUGGUAGGGAAAAGCAGCAAUGGGGCGGAGCAAUGUUUGAUUCCGGCAGUACAGGAGGCUCAUCAGGAUUCCAUGCACCCUGGGACACGACGAACACAGAGGCAACACAACAGCCCAGUGGCCCACCUGACAAUCAAUCCACCGAAGCAUCAAGGGCAGACAAGAAGUUUGGCCUGAAUCUAACAAUCCUACCAGGACCAAAUAGUCCAGCAGGAGGAUUCGUACCACCCACCUUACCAGAAGAUACUUCUCGUGCCCAGAACGACCACCCCGGUGGCACGGAGAAGGGCCCCUUCUUCCCCGACCUAACCGACACCGUCCUUACCGCCACUACUCCCAUCCUGUUUUUUCUCACUUCGGUCAUCUUCGCCCUUCUUGGUUAUUCCCUAUGGAAGGUGAUUAUGCCAAAUGGUUAUUUAAGACAUGGAAACACACAAGACAACUACAUGCAAGCGGGAACACCGGCAGCGCCAUCACCGGAAGCGUCGGCAACAACGGUAGCAACGACGGCAGCACAACAGCACAGUGGCGUUAUUGCAGGUACAUCGAGUGCAGGUCAUGCAACGGGUUCGCACGACGCUCCGAAGCAAACGAACGACGACGCAGCGAACAUAAAGAACGGCGAACCUGACUUCUGGGGACAGUGGGACAAUGAUACUAAAUCCUGGGAUAAGGAUGAUGAAACCAAUCAAUCCGGUGUUACAGGAAACCAACCCACACAGAACGGGGCAGGGGGUACACCGGCUGCUCCUUCCCCUGCUGAAAACACUGAGAACGACACAGUUCAGACGACUCCAUCGUCUCCUUCUUCUACGAAUGAGAACGGUGAAACCGGUCCUUCCGCUCCCACAGGUGACAAAGGCGACGCCGGUAACACUAGUGGGGAUGCCGUCGUUGAUGGCGGCAACGAUGACCCCCCUCCUCUGAAUCCACCCAAACCAAAACCGAACACGAACCGCGAUCAAGCGGGGAGCAGUGGCCGAGACCCCGGUACAGACGGCUCAUCUGGACCUGGUUCCACUGGUCACCAGAACCCUGGUUCCUCCGAUGCCUAUAUCGAUAAAGACGAAGAAGUGUUGCCCGAAAUCGAAUAUCUAGAAAACGAAGAGCCAGAUUUUAUGGAAGAAACCGAUCCGUCGUCAUCACACGACGCAGACGACGAGGCAAACGCAGAUGGAAGCGAGUUGGACGACGCAACAUUGGACAAAGUGUUGGAGGAGGAGCAGUUGGACGACGUCAACGACGAGGACGAUGAGGAGCACGACGGAGGAGAUGACGAGGCGGAACUGCAUACACCUGCGCACGGCGGCCAAUCCGACACGAACGAAUCCACCCCAUCCGGGCCGUCGCCAUUGGACCCGUCGAAAGCGGCCACGCAACAACAAACACAACACAACGCGGAUAGUAGUGUAAGCAACAGCACACCAUCCACACCACCAUCAGCAUCACAAAAGCCACAACAACCGUUCACGGAUAAAAACGCGCAUGCGCUGCUCGCAGGAAAUACUAACAACACGAUAGACUUAAAGAAAACCACACACCAAUUGACCCAACAUAUCCUCAGUACCAUACAAGGAGACACACAGUUCCUAGACACACUGAAAGAUUUGACCACAGAUUUAAGUAACAUUUUUUUCUAG